UUUUCAGGCCGGGAAAGGAUGAGCGCCUCCGUGUGCGCACUCUCAUCCUGUUCUCCAUCUCACCACCUCCCAAUCGCUCACCGUUCUCUUCCCAAAACCCUAACCAUCAUCCCUACCUUCAUCUCUUCGAGAAGAUCAGCUCUCAUCUCCAUUGCCAUUCUCCUUCCUUCCUCCUUCCUCGCCUCAUCAUCCUCUCAUGCCUCCCUUUCCGAUUUCGUCCAACUCCCCGCCUCCGGCGGCGUCAAGGCCUUGGACCUACGCAUCGGCCACGGUGAUUUACCCAUUGAUGGCGAUCAGAUUGCAAUCCAUUAUUAUGGAAGGUUGGCAGCAAAGCAAGGCUGGCGUUUUGAUUCUACUUAUGAUCAUAAGGAUGAGGCAGGUGAUCCUGUCCCUUUUGUCUUCGUCCUUGGCUCUGGAAAGGUCAUUUCAGGCAUUGAAGCUGCAGUGAGAUCGAUGAGAGUAGGGGGAGUUCGUCGAGUUAUUAUUCCGCCUUCAGAGGGUUAUCAAAACACAAUGCAAGAGCCAAUACCGCCAAAUUUCUUCGAUCGGCAGAGGCUGUUCACCACCAUUUUCAACCCAACUCGUCUUGCUAACGGAGAAGGAUCUUCACUUGGCACGCUUGUAUUCGACAUUGAGCUUGUGAGCCUAAACCACCCACAACAAUGAGGGCAAUAGAACUCUCUUUCAACUCAUGUCAAAGAGCACAUUUACUGAGAUGUUUGUUUUACAAUGGAUUCAGACAUACACCUUUGUAUCAUUGCACUUAGCACCUAAAAACUUUAGGUGAUCUACUGUAAAUUCUAUUGGAAUGUCUUGCAACAAAGUCGUAUAAUUGAAGUUAUGUUCAAUAUUCA